ACAACACCGUAGUCGGAAAGCUUCAUCACAAUGAAGCUCUCGUGUGCUUUAGUGUUGACCCUAACGAACCUUGUGAUAGCCACCCCCUACAGUUUCAGUGUCAAAGGUAGCGGCGCAUCAGCUAAAGCGGAAGCUGCGACGUCUUCCUUUGGACAAUUUGGGGUGGUGAAACCAGUUGCCCCGAAGACAACUGGAUUUUCGGGAAGUUUCUCAAAGUCAUCAUCUUCAAGUGUAGCAUCAAGCAGUGCCAGCUCAAGCUCGAGUGCGUUUAACUACAAUGCCGGGCAAAUAGGAUACGGUUCGCAGGAUUUGCUUGUACCACAUAAAAAUGUAGAGCCUCAGGUAGCCACUGUCCCACAAGCAACUGCAUUUGCUACGGCUGGAACUAGCCAAACUGGAGCUUCAGUAAAUGCCCAAGCCACAGGAUCUUAUUCUUCUGAGAAAGAAAACAAUUUUUCAGGAAACACAAAUAGUCCUGCAAAUGUGCAGUAUCAAUCUGCGGUGCCUGAAGGCAAACCUAAUUUUUACGUCGGUAUAAAUCCAGGAAUACCCAGCCAUUGGCAUGAACAAUCAAAGCCGAAUAGUUUUAACGCCAACGUACCUGAAAAAACCGGAGAACAGUUCGGAGUGCAAAGCUUUUCUGGUGAUGUGCAAAGUGGCACAGCUUUUUUUUCAACGCCCGCCGCACCGAGUAAAGAAUCCGCUUUAGUCGAAAAUGCCCCAUCUUACUCCGGUGGCUUUGGGGGACCUCCAGGACUAUUAAGUCCUCAUGAUAAGAUUUCUUCUGUCGCUAGCAAUGCCCCAAGUGUUCCCACUGUUGUAUCUUAUCCUCCUGGAGCACCGUUAAAUGUACCUAGCAAACAACAAACUUUACCUGUCACUACAGUAAAACCAUCGUACGCCCAAUACCAAACAGGAAACAUAAACCCAACAGUCCAGUCAAUAAACACUGAGUAUGUUUAUAAUACAGAAAAUUCGAAACCAUUGUACAAGCCUGAAAUAAAACCAACGUAUUUAGAACAAAACACACAGACUGCAUCGGGCAAUUAUAAUGCCGCAUCAAGCCAAUGGCAACAUGAUGGACAACAUGUUACCUUACAGCCACAUGCUGAAAUCGCAUAUACUACCCACAAGGAAUUGGAGCAAGGUUCCCAUUCAUUUGGCCAGGUCUCUCAAAGCGACAAACCUUUUGCCCACACCCAUGAUUCAAAACCAAUUAAGAACGUUCAAAUAUUUAUUCAGCCUGUACCUAGCAAUGCACCCCAAACAGUUUCCAAACCGGUUUACUUCACUAAUACUCAAGUAGGUUCUGAAAAUAAAAAAGAAGUAAAACCAAUUAAUCAGUUAUCUUACCCUGGUGGAUUUGGCGAACCUGCAGAAAUCUUAAAACCUUCAGGCCAAACUGUGUCAAGCGGCCAAAUAUUUUCUUCAUCCCCCGUGAAGGUUGAACAAUAUGAGAGUUCAGCUGUAGGAUUAACAGGGACUAAGGAAAGUACAUUUAAUACUGGUUUCGGAGGAUCGUUAAAUGAAGUAAAAGAAACUGCUCAACCUUCACUGCAGAGCACAAAUGUUCCCAAACCUUCUUCAUCUAGUCUUUUUGCUGCUUCUUCUCCGGAAAAAGUAAGUUAUGACUAUGUUUCUACAGAACAAAAAGGCACAGACCAAUUUUCAGGCAAACCGUCUGAAAGUAGUUAUCUCAAUCCAACGGUUUCAUCUUGGGAACAGAAUCCGACGUUCAAUUCUUUACCAAUAAGACCAGAAUUCGUAGUACAGAAAAAACCAACCGGCGACAAUUUCUUUAAUACACCUUCACCUUCGCCUUAUUCCCCUGAACAAGGUCUUAGUGGAAUCCCCGUUUCAAUAGAUAAAACUAAGCCAACAACUCCAUCUGGUAGUUUUGGACAAGUUCCUGAAGUUGUGAAGCCCACUAUACCAUCAACCAUCACUAAUAAUGGUUUUGCGUCCUCUAAUACCCCUUAUAAACCAGUUGUUACCCCCACUACACCGCAAUUUGACCCUACGAAACAGAAAGAAUCAUCUUUUGUCUAUUUCACUACCCAAUCAACACCUGUAAAUUCUUGGCAGCAAUCUACAUAUAAACCAUCUUUCGAUUUGUCUACCCCUGGAUACUUCAAUAAGCAGGAGACUUCUCCUACAAAGUAUCCUUCAUUAACAGGGGAUUACACUGUUUCCAAACAAUCAGAACAAUAUCCUAGCGGAACUUAUAGCACUGUUAAUCCAACUACUGCUGAUUUUCAAGUCACUUCAAAUUUAAAUCAACAGUCUGCUAAUUAUGGUAGUACAGCAGCAUCAUUUAUUACACGGGAACCUACAGCUCAAGUGAAUUCGGUUGGUCCCACAUCAAUAAGUUCUUCGCAAGAACCAACCGUUAAACCAUUUGAAAAUACCUUAGCAGUAAGUUCUGUCUCUCAAUUUUCGGACAGUCCCAAGACUUCAUCACCACAAAGCUCUCCAACGGGCACAUUUACUGUAUCAAAGGAAGUAUAUAAGGUUCCAACUCAAGUUGUAAGCAAUACCGUCUAUCCACCCGGUAGUGUAGCGUCAGUGUUUCACCUUACUCCAAAUUCUGAGGCAUCUCAAUUCCACUCCAAUUCCCACAAGCAUCAACAAUUGGCUAACUAUGGAGGUGCUUCAUCUUUUGUGACACAAAAACCAACAACAGUUAAUUUUGUUGGUCAAACUCCCGAUGCUACUUCUGGCUCGACAUCAGAAAGUUUUUCACAACAACCUAACAAACCAACAGUCCCAGGGUCUAGUUCAUCUACUGUAUCUCAAUCUACAACUUUUGCACAACAAUCACCAAACAAGCCAUCAGUUGAUAAUUUUGAAGGAACUGUUCCCGUGUCUGGAGCACCAUCAAAAAAUCCUCAAUAUCAGUUUGCCACCAAACCUACGGCGGAAACACGUCCUCAGAAGCAAUCAGUGUAUUCAAGUGUUUUUGGAACAUUAACAGGAGCAGUUAAACCUUCAAGUUAUUCUUCUCCUAGUUCAACUAGCUACCCCGGCUCGUCGUCUAAUUCCUGGUCCGACCCUAGUUAUCUUGCUGGAUCUAAUGACAAACCUAAACAAACCAAUUUCUUUAAUCAGAAUAAGCCCUCAGUAAGUAGUUUUCCAGAAAAAAAAGAGACAUUAAUUCCCACCAACCCUACCGCAAAACCUUCCUUACCAGUUGCAUCUACAAAUGUGGUACAGCAAAGUUCUUCAAGUAUCACUAACCAGAAUGAAAAAGAAUCUACAGCUACUGCUACAUCAGGGUCUGGCACCACUUAUUCUAAGCCAACUUCUCAACCAACUGUUAGUAACAGUGGAGUGUCCUACACUUCUUUUGCGUCCCCUAAACCGACGAAGCCAACAAAUCAAUUUUCGACAAGCUAUCCCGCAGUAUCUACUUUUGGGUCCUCCACUUUUUCUCAAGUGAAACCUCAGUACCAGUUUUCUACGAUUCAGCCAGUUACACAGAAAAAACAAUGGUACACUAAUAAUUAUGGAACAUUUGGAGCAGUAAAACCACAUAGUUAUCCAGGUUUCUCUACUUCAUUUACUACUUUUGGACAGGGAUCAGUUGGAGGAUUAUAUGACAAAACGAAGCAGAAUACUCAAUAUACUUCAACAGGUCAAUACAAACCUACUAUAACAGGUCAAUACAAUCCAUCUCUGACCGGACAGUACAAGCCAACAUCAACAGGCCAGUAUAAACCUACAAAUAACUGGGGACUUGCAGGUCAAUCACAGUUCCAGAAGCCUUCUUAUCAAUCUACUCAAACUGGAGGUUCUUAUGUUUCUACUUACACACAAACUACUAGUAAACCAUUUGUAACUCUGUCAUCUUUUGAUAAACAGAAGGUCACGAGCGGAGCUUCUGUUGUUAAUCAAAAGGAAUCUAGUGUUUCAAGUAGCUUUGCGUCAUCUUCUGGUAUUGCAAAGCCUACAAACCAACCUUUCGCAUCAUUUGCUGCCCUCAAACCAACUUCCAGUGGAACGUCAUUUGAAUCAGGCACAGGCUUCUCAGGCUCAUCAUUAACAAAUGUAUCGGAUAAAGGUAAAGUUACCUCUUCCAUUGUUUCUACGACCUCAAAAUACGACGUACAAAAACCUGUUAAUCCAACAGUUCAAACUGUCUCUAACACAUACGUAACGUCUUCUUUCAUAUCGGCAAAACCUACAUCCGACUUCCAAACUACGGGAACUCCAUCAUUAGGAAAUAAACCUACGUAUACUUUCACUGUUCAACAGCAAUAUGUUCCUUCUGUACAAACUGUUGCGCCUACUAAGGACGCUGAAAAUUUUGGUCAGUCAACUAAACCGGUUUGGUCUUCUUCAAAUCAAAAAGAAUCUGCUUACGCAAGUAACACUGGGGUAGCAACAGGUAAUUUAAAUCCUACGACCCAAUUUGUCGAUGGUAGUGAUAAUUCUCACUUUGUUGACAAAACGCAAACAAUUCCGGUAAGACCGACAAACACUGGAAAUUUUAUUGGGCAAACAACAUCUAGUGAUGCCAGUGGUAGUUUUGAAAACCAAAAACCUUUGAACCAAUUUAGUGGACAAGUAGGUUCAACAAAUGAAGGACUUAUUUCUGCUCAAAAAAAUCCGUCUUAUCAACAAUCAGGUGAACCGUUUUCAUCUACUCCAAUCUAUCAAGGCAAUACAGAAUCCUAUUUAUCAAAUUCUCAAGUCCAACCUGCGUCUAUAAAACCUGGAUAUACAAGCACUGGAGAGUCAUCGCAUCAAUCGACACCUCCAAAGUCGAUCGCCGGUAACUUCGAAGCUAAUUCCGGUCACAAAGAAUCUGCACAACAUGUACAUAAUGAACAUGUACAUUCGAAACCAACCAACGCUCCUUACCAUUUUACUUCGCAAUCCCAUGCUGCAAGCAGUACGGGUGUUGCUACUUCACAAUUUUCUACAAGCGAUCUUUCUGAACUCGAAAAAGCACAAUAUUUACAAACUGCUUACAAUCCAUCUUCAGCAGCUGGAUUCAGUACUAGUUUUGAAACACAGCAAAAUUCUAAUCCAAAAAGUACAGCAACAUCCCAAGAAAACUAUUCAAAUAUCGCAGUAGCUAAUCCAAACAAGCCAUCGGGUCAAUAUUGGGUUCUUAACUCACAAUCGCAGCAAACUGAUUUUCAAGCCACAAAACCAAAUAUAAAAAUAACUGUGGUAGGCAAACCUGUUAGCAAUAUUGCUAGCUCACCAUACUCUGGUGGGUUUGGAGGACCUUCAGGUAUUUUAAAGCCAAAUCAAUUUGGUAUACCCUCUCAAGGAAUUGUUCAAGCCACAUCGGAUUCUUACAGUGGCGCAAAGGUAGAAACUGAUUCCAAAGCAGCUUCAUAUUCCGGGGGAUUCGGAGCACCAUCGGGUGUACUUAGACCAGAUGAGAAACAUAGCAUUCACCAGGCCGGACAUAAUAAGCCCUCAUUAAAUGGAUUCCAGGCUGCCACAAGUCAAGGCGGAUCUCAAACAAGUUAUCAUGUAGAACCUACAUUCCAAACUUCAGGAGCUCAUGAGUCCAUCAAAGAACAGGCCGGCUAUGGUACACAAGCUUCCUCUGAUGUGCAAGGUACUUCUGUAGCAAAUGUAGCUAGUGCUGCAUCCAAUUCUGAGGCAAAUGCUGUAGCUAAUGCUGCUGCAAAUGGAUUUGCUAAUAGCAAUGCAUAUGCAAGCAGUGCUGGAGCGGGUAACACUGGCAGCACGUUUGGUGGAAUAAAUGGUUUCAGUGCCAGUUCAGUCAAGGAAUCUGCGACUGCCAGUGCAACGGCCUCAGGCUCCGCAGGAAGCUUUACUACUUUUAAGCGACCUUUAAGCCAAUUUGCUGGUUCGCCGGGAGAUAUUGCUCGUCUUUUGGGCAGACGAUAAUUUUAUAUGAUAAAGUAUAUACGCCUGCGAAACCUGACAUCGACGUAUUUCUUGCUAAGCAUUUAAUGUGAAGAUAUAAGAUGUUGACGAAAAGUUUUGUAUUAAUGUUUCAUUGUGCCAUAGUCUUAUUUUGUUAAACUCUUUGUACACGAUAAAAGGAACCGUAUGUGUUUACUGUUAUUCAUUUUUACAAUUUAAUACAUGAACGCUUUAAUUUUAA